AUGCUGUGCUCGUUGUUGUUCGUGCGGUUGCGCCGCUGGGGCUCGGACCACCGGUCGCUCGGCGCGGUGCUGAAGGACCUGUUCAUCAUCGCGAGCUAUUACGUCGUCGGCAUCCUGGUGUUGCAUCGGUUCGAGGGCUGGUCGACGGUCGACUCCAUCUAUUUCCUCUCCGUGACGGUCACGACCAUCGGCUACGGCGACAUCUCGCCGACGACGAACGCCGGGCAGCUCGCGUCCUGCGCGCUCAUCCUCGCGGGCAUCGUGUUCGUGCUC